AUGUCAUCACCUUUGCACAGCCAGGCGACCUAUAAUGGGAUUCGCCAGCGAGUGCGAUGUCUUUGCUGUCACAACGAUGGCGGGGUAACGCCUCCCCUCCCGCCAAACGAUGUGCCACACCCGGAUGCUCUGCACAACUCUGCUGUCUACUAUCCACUCCUUCUGUCUGUCGCUACCGCCCAACUCAACUACUUGUACAACUCACUCGCUCAUCCGAGCAUUAGCGGACCACUUUCCUUUCAUGCAGUCGUCUUAUCUUCCAAUUAUCGUACUCAUGUCUUCAACGCCAACUUGGCCGAAUUGCAAGGACCGGACGGCAUUCCUAUCUCUUCACGUGUAGGCCACGCCAUCAUUUUCUUUUUCCCUGGAGAACAUGAACAUGAGUCUGAGGCAGAUGAAAGUUGGAACCACUUACUGAGACCACAGUUAGCAUGUCUUGAACCUGAAGAUACUGGACCUGCUACCUCAGCUUACGAAGAAGAUAGCGAUGAUGAAGAUAACGCCAAUGGGCCUGGAAUACUUGCCCAGAACCAGGAAGGGGCUAGAGAAGAUGAGGAAGAAAGAGAUGAAGAUAGAGGAAGAGGAAUGCUUGCCCGACCCUUACCUGUGAACGAGACGCCUGAAGAGGGAGAGACUCGGGAGGACGGAUCCCAGUCCAACGACACUGUCCAUUCUUACGUCUACCGUAUCCGUUAUGACUACCAAGGCAAGCUCAUGCAGAGCAGCCAUACCUUCCCUAUUCCUCGUGCCAUACGACGUAUACCACCACCUCCGCAUCCCGCGUUACCUGCAAGCUUCGUCUUACCAGUUCAGCAAAUAAUUUCCGUCAAGCAUGACGAGGCGAGGGGAGUCUUUCGUGUGCCGAGAGACUACUCAAUGAGGAUGAGUAUCGAUGAGGACGAGUUGAGGAUUUUGAAGAGAGGACUGCCUGUCUUGAUAGCCGUUCGUUUGGAUUUCAUCAUGCGCACCCUCGUACGAGUAUCGAACCAACGAGGGAGCGCACUCAUUCUUCACAACCCAGUCUAUCUCGACAUGAUGCAGAGAAUGCUGUAUCCUCGUCGUGUCGACCUCUAUUCGCCUCCCACGGCCCAACCAGUCAUCGAGAUGCCGAAAUUCCGUGCGACCGUGUUCGUACUUGAAACGUACAAGCCCACUGAAGUAAAUUCUAGCGAGUCGGCAUCAGAAGAAGAUGACGAGAAGGAUGAGAAGUCGAAGAAGAGAGAAGAGGACGAGGAGGGCGAUCCAGAGAGCCGGGAACGAGACCUGGCCACGUCGAAGAAGAGGCGUGUUGAGACGGAUGAGGACCAGCUCAUGUACCCAGCAUCUCCCUCAGCUGUUCAAGGUACAGAGCGAUACCUUUCACUUGAUUUAAGUGAAGAACUAACAAAAUUCAUUAAUAUCACAGACGAGAAUUUUCGUCCCCCUACACCUAUUCCAUCCUUACUGCUUCAACCUUCCGCUCAAGACUCGCCUAGCGAAGAACUAACGUCUACACUCUCUCAGAUGGAAGAAGAUACUGGGGAGAUCUCAGCGUCGUCUCCCGACCCCAAGAUCUUCACGACACAACUUGAAGUAAUCCAGAUCCCGCCUGCUGACCCCGACAUCGAGAUGGGCGAAACGACGGGACGACUUACGGUAAACCCACUCGUUGUGGCACCCGAAGGACAAUAUCGAGGGCGUGCAACGCAGACUCAGGAAGAGGAGGAAGAAGAAGCCUGGAGCUUGGACAGCACAGGAGACGAGUGGAAUGGGUUCGAUAGUGAAAUGGAGAACCUAACCUCUACUGAGCCAACACUUUCCGUGGACCCCAAGCUUACAAUGACAUCCAUUCCUACUAUGCCAAAUUCCUCCAUUGCGUCAAGUACAAGUCUCUCUCCUCUAUACGCAAGUACUCGAUCCUGGGACACCGAAGUAGAGACUUCGAGUGAUGAGAGCAGGUACGAGACGUCUGAUUCGUCUCCUCCCAGCUCUUACAGCUCAAUGCCUUCCCUAGCUAGCGACGACUCGGACGCGUACUCACCCUUGAGCCUGGAAGAGCUUACACGUGGAAAUCUCAAGUCCAAAGUCUAUGUCAUCGAGCCUGUACGUCUCAGCAGGGAGACUAUGGCUGCUCUCGACAACUUGCCGAAUGAACCCCGACACUUUGCGUGUCGAACCUCGAAUGCUGUGGGACAUGGAGACAGUAAUGCCCUCACCUAUGCCAUAUGCCAACAUGACGAUGCAGGCAAUUUAAUCUAUGAGCCUGCACCUGCUCUCGACAGACUACCCUUACCAUUUCCCUCUGAAGGCUUCGACUCAGAAUUCACUUUCGAAGUCAUGAAGUGUUUCCAAGGUCCUUGCGAUAACUCUCCAUUGCAGAAUGGCAGCGGAAACGAGCUUGUCAACCCUUUCGGAGCUGCAUACGACUCUUUACAAGGCCUCGAUGAGUACAAGAUUGCAACUCUAGCUCUCAAGAUCCAUGAGCUGAUAAUGGACCUCGACGUGGACCUUGACCAAUGGGACGGGAUGCAUCCACGUCUCACCGGGAAAGACCUCGAUAGCAUAUGCCUCAUUAUCUUCCGUGCACACACCGAACGUGCCCGUCUCAUUGAUAUCGGGGAAUGGAGACGAAAUCUUAUUAUGCAAGGGAUCGCGGACGCACCAGCAUCUACUAGGAUUGUAAGUUUCAGUGAUGCGGGAUGGACGAACACGCGAGUUAAUGGGAAUUCGCAGAUGAACCCAGAAGACGAUUCCGAAGCCUCUUUGCCACCCUCACCCCGUGUGCUUAUCUUCCUGAGAUCCGAAGAAAUGAAGCCCGGCAAGGAGCAUAUUGCCAACGCCUUACGCAACCGAGAAACCUUGGAAACUUACAAACCAUUGGACGACGAACCGGCAUAUUCCUUUCUGGACCCCAAUCAAUCUCCCUUUUCUGAAGUCUUCAAGAACCCCUGGAUCCCCAUUAUCGCCCACAUCCGCAUUGUCCGACUUUUCAUUCAUCGGCUACUUGGUCUCAUUUGCAAGCAAUUUCUUACUAUGCAGUGGCGUCGAGCUGUUGACAGGCUUAGUCCUGAAGACAAAGCUCGCCACUUUCUUUACUACCACAACGACAUCUUUCACUACUUGCUACCCAGUCUCCCCUCUUACUUUCAAGGCUUUCAUCACCGGUGCCUUCAUGUCAACCCCUCGACUAAUACCCUACGGGUCGAUGUACUACCCCGUAACCCCCUCCUCACCGCCAACGAGGACAAAUUCAUCUUUCAUGCAGCGUCUCUUUUCGAAUUCGAAGGACGAGGUGAGCUCGCCAAUGCUCUCCGCUUUGCCCACGCAGCCGAACCAAUUCUCCCUAUGGAAGUUCGUGCUUUGUUCACUCAGGGCUAUGCUGAGCCCGUCGAGUACUACGACUGUGAGGGACGGCAUUGUGCCUUCCGUGGUGAUGAACUUGAUCUAUGUUAUUAUUCUGAGGAAGAUUAA